AUGCUGCGUGUCAUCGUGAUAUCCACCAUUCUCGUGAUAUCAGCGCAGGAUUGCAGCACUCCAUCAGGAACUCGCGAUACGUUUGGACAGUACCUGAAUUGCAUGAAGCAAGGCCUGGACCAAAACUACGAGCUCUAUGAAAAUGAGAUUCGAGAACAUGGCAGGAAGGCAGCACUCGCUUGCUUUUCGCCUACUAUCGAGGAGGGCAACAAAAACGACCGCUGCGUCCUCAAUGCAAAUGACCUCAAUCAGGUCGCUUGGGACAGACAUGGACCUCUGAGAGACUGCACAAUUUGCAGGACCUUUGCUUCUGGCGCUCUGAAGGCGCUGAAAUCUACACCAGCCGAGGACCAGAAAUGCAUCCGUACAGAAAUCACGAAGGCUAUCGCUCGUGAAGCCAACUUCUGCCUACAGAAGAAGAUUCCGAACUUUGCUGGAGUUCCCGACAUUCCCGAUAUCGAAGAAGGCUCUUUCGCCUACAGAGAUUCAGUGAUCUCCUAUCUAUCUGAUCAUAUUCUCAUCAAUUCCCGUUUGGCGUUCUGUGGUGAACGAAAACCAGCUCGAGCGGCGAACACCAACAAAUGUCUGAAUAAUCCCUUUGUCGGAUAUCUUAGCGAACACUGCAAAGUCCUUGCCUCAUGUGAUUCUCGUGUCGCCACCGGAACUUGCGCAACAACAAUUCCUCAAACGCGAACUGCCACUUGCCAAUGUAUCACGGACGCCCGAGAUGAGCUCAAGAAGAGGAUCAAUUCCAUUUCCGGGGUCUUCAAUGAUCUUCUUUCUGGUGGACGUGGUGGCAUCGCUAUUGGAUCAGCCAACAAAGUCGAUAUUUGCGUCUCUAGCAUCAAGAAGCAGAUGAUCACCCCAGUUAACGACUGGGUUACUGUCAUUGACUCAGCCCUAUCAACUUGCAUCAAGAAGAAACCAGCUGGACAAAAUCUCGGUAUGGAAGCCAUGCUCAAUGUGGGAUGCAGAAAAGUCUUUGCUGACACAACCGGCACUGCGGCCACCCAGCUCAAAACAGGAUUCGAUUUCGUUAACAACCUCAUCGAUGCCAUGGUAGAACGCAGUGGACGUUUCUGUGGAUCUCACUGCCUGCAAAACUAGUUUUCGCCCUAUAUCACAUUUCUUCAACAGAAUAUUCGCUCGCCCAUUUAUAUUGCCCAAUGCUCUGCCACUUUCACUUGGAAUUGAUUUCCAUUCUUUUAUCACAGCACAGGCUGUUUCUUUAGGCGUUUGUAAUAAAUUAUUCUUAUUUGUGU